UGAAAUUUUUCUUUAUUGAUCAUUCUGUUCUCUUCUGUUGCUAUAGGACAUCUUGUUAUUCUCAAAUCACAUCCAUGAAGAAUAACACAGAGGUGACCGAUUUCAUCCUGCUGGGACUAACCAAUGCCCCAGAGCUGCAGGGUCCUCUCUUUAUAAUGUUCACGCUCAUUUACCUCAUCACUCUGGUUGGGAACCUGGGGAUGAUCAUGCUGAUCUUGCUGGAUUCUCAUCUCCACACUCCUAUGUACUUCUUCCUCAGUAAUCUGUCUCUGGUAGACUUUUGUUACUCCUCAACAGUCACUCCCAAGGUCAUGGCUGGGCUCCUUACAGGGGACAAGAUCAUCUCCUACAAAGCAUGUGCUUCCCAGAUGUUCUUUUUUGCAGUCUUUGCCACUGUGGAAAAUUACCUCUUAGCCUCAAUGGCCUAUGAUCGCUACAUAGCAGUGUGUAAACCCCUCCAUUAUACCACCACAAUGACAAAAGGUGUAUGUGCACGUUGUCUUGCCAUAGGUUCUUAUGCCUGUGGUGUCUUAAAUGCCUCUAUAAAUGUUGGAGAUACCUUCAGCCUCUCCUUCUGUAUGUCCAAUGUGGUUCAUCACUUUUUCUGCGAUAUUCCAGCAGUCAUGGCUCUGUCUUGCUCUGAUAAACAUAUCAGUGAACUCGUUCUUGUUUUUAUCUCAAGCUUUAAUGUCUUUUUUGCAAUUGUUAUCUCUAUUUCCUAUCUGUUCAUAUUUAUAUCCAUUUUGAAGAUACAGUCAGGUGAGGGAUACCAGAAAGCUUUAUCUACCUGUGCUUCUCACAUUGUUACAGUUUCCAUAUUUUAUGGGACAGUCAUCAUCAUGUACUUACAGCCACGUUCCCAUCAUUCCAUGGAAACAGACAAAAUCGCAUCUGUGUUCUAUACUAUGGUCAUCCCCAUGCUAAAUCCUGUGGUCUACAGCUUGAGGAACAAAGAGGUCAAGAAUGCGUUCAGGAAGGUUGUUGAAAAGGCAAAAUAUUCUCUAGGUGUAGUGUAUGAGUGA